GACUCCACAGACCGCCGCAGCUCAGAGGUACUGGAAACGGGAGCCUGGGGAGAGAUAUUUCGUGUCGGAGAAAAGGAAGAAGGAAAAAAGUAGUGGUUUGAAAACACAGAUCGUUCUGUAUUCCAGUUAUUGAAGCAGUCUUCAAAUACUGCAAACAGUUAACACGACAUGGACCUGUACGACCCGCAGACGCUGGGCAUGGUGGUGUUCGGGGGCUUCAUGGUGGUGUCGGCCAUCGGCAUCGCACUGGUGUCCACCUUCUCCAUGAAGGAGACGUCUUACGAGGAGGCGCUGGCCAAUCAGCGCAAGGCCCUGGGUAAGGCCCCGCCCCCCCGCGUGGAGAAGAAGAAGAAGGAGAAGGCGCCGGAGAAGAAGAGCAGGAGCAAGAGAAAGGAGGACAAGCCCAACGGCAAGCUGCCCGCGCCCGCCCCCGACGCCGUGGAAACCGUCAGCGACUCCGAGCCCGAGCCCCUCCCCGAACCCCCCGUCGCCACGGUGACCGCCGCCCCGCCCGCCCCCUCCCCCCCCAAGGAGAAGAAGAAGAAGGAGAAGAAGGUGGCCAAAGUUGAGCCGGCCCCCGCCCCUGCCCCCGCCCCCGCCCCCGCCCCCGCCCCCGCCAAACCCGCCCCCGUGCUGGAGGCUGUCACCAAGGAGGUUCCCGUCAUGGCCGUCCCGCCAGUGGGAACCCCCGCCCCACCGAAGGGGGAGGAGCCCAAGCCUGAGACCCCCUCCAAGAAGAAGGCCGGCUCUAAGAAGAAGGCGGAACCAGCGGUGCCCGGAGAGGCAGCAGAUGCCCCGCUCUACCUGCCCUACAAGACGUUGGUUUCCACGGUGAGCAGCAUGGUGUUCAGCGAGGGUGAGGCCCAGCGCCUCAUCGAGAUCCUGACCGACAAAGCGGGCAUUGUGCAGGACGCCUGGCACACGAAGGGGGAUCCCGUGACGGCGCUGAAGAAGCAGUUGGAGGAGAAGGACAAGCAGCUCUCCACCGAGCAGGAGGACACAGCCGCCGCCAGGAACCGUCUGAGAGAGCUGAGCAAGGAGCUGACUGCGGAGAAGGCCAAGGUGUCGCAGGUGGAGGCGCGGCUGGGCGCCCAGCUCACCGCGCGUGACCAGGAGGUGGCUGCGCUUCAGGCACGCAUGCAGGCCAGCUACCAGGACCAUGUCAGCGAGGCCCAGCAGCUCAACGCCAAGGUCCACGCUCUGCAGGAGCAGCUGGAGAAGGGUCCGAACGCCCAGCUGGCCCGUCUGCAGCAGGAGAACUCCAUCCUGCGGGACGCCCUGAACCAGGCCACCAGCCAGGCCGAGAGCAAGCAGAAUGCGGAGCUGGCACGGCUGAGGCAGGACUGUGCGCGGCUGGGCUUGGAGCUGGGCGAGAGGAGCGACGCCCUGCAGGCCGAGCAGCAGCACCGCACCGCCCUGGAUACCAAGAUGGCGGCGGCAGACGCCCACCUGACCCAGAUCCAGGUGGAGCGGGUGGAGGUGGAGCGGGCUCUGCAGGCUCGGCUGGAGGAGGUGGGGGAGGAGCUGCGGGAGGCGCAGAGCCUCAGCGCCGCCCUGAGGGAGGAGCUGCAGAGCGCCCGGCAGGAGAGCAGCUCUGUGGGAGAGCUGCAGGUGCGCAUGACGGGGGCGGAGGUGGAGCUGAAGGAGCAGGUGUCCCGUGUGGAGGAGCUCCAGGCCCAGCUGGGCCAGGCCGAGGCGGAGAAGGCCCAGCUCCACCAGCAGAUCAGCACCAUCAGCGCCCUGCUGGAGGCCAGCCGCGGCCGGGAGGUGGAGGACGACAUGGAGCUCACCGAAUCAGCAGAGACUGUGGAGCUGCAGAAGAGUUUGGAGGAGAAGGAGAGCCAAGUGAAGGCCCUGGAGGCAGAGCUUAAGCAGCUGAAAGAGGCGGGAGAGCCAAUGGGGAUGGACGAUGCGGCGGCCCGUCCGGCUGAGCUGGAGCUGCUGCAGCACAGGUUGCAGGAGAGCGAGGGCCAAGUGGCCUCCCUGGAGGCGGAGCUUAAGCAGCUGCGGGAAAGCGGAUUGGCUCCCUCUGAGUUCGAGGAACUACAAAACAGUUUGAAGGAAAAAGAGAACCAAGUGACCUCCUUGGAAGAAGAACUUCAGCAACUCAAAGAUAUAGAGGUUGUUAAAAACACAGAUAUUACGCCUGACCACACAGUGGAGGAGGAGCUACAGAAACGCCUGGAGGAGAAGGAGGGUCAGGUGACCUUGAUGGAGGCAGAGCUGAAGCAGCUGAAGGAGCAGGGAGCAACCAACGAGCCUGAGGUCAGAGCGGUCCUCCAGUCACUCUUCCCACAUAUCACCGUGGAAACAGAACAGGCUAACUGGUUGGAAGAAUUUGCACAGAAAGCCCAGGGGUCUCUCACUCAGAGCCAGCAGAGCCAGGAAACGCAACAAUCAGCUGUAGAAACACCAGAGUCGGCGGAGCUGCUGCUGAAGCUAAAGGAGGCAGAGGAGACUCAGACCACUCUGCAGGCGGAGUGUGACCAGUACAGGACUGUCCUCGCCGAAACCGAGGGGAUGCUGAGGGACCUCCAGCAAAGUGUGGAGGACGAGGAGCUGGUGUGGAGGGCCAAGAUUAACCAAUCAGAGGAGCAGCUUCAGAAGGCGCUGGGGCAGGUGGUCGCUCUGGAGACGGCGGCGGUGAAGAUGAGGCUGGAGAGCCGCAGCACGGACCAGCUGAAGGAGCAGGUGAUGCUGCUGGAAGCUCAGCUGGAGAAACAGUUGGACAGCGCCGCCUCGCCAGACUGCCCAAACGAGCCUGAAGACGAGACGGAGCCGGAAACCUUGUGGAGUGACUCUCAGAGCCAGCAGGAAACCCAGACAGAAGAGAAACAAAGUGAGGACCUGGCUUUGGUCAGUGAGCAGCUGAGUGAGGUUGCGGAGCAGGUAGAGGGUGACGAGGAGACCUCCGGGCCGCAGGGCGUCCACGUGGAGCCGGAGUCCAGCGAGGUCCAGUGCCAGCGGGACCAGGCGAGUGAGAGCCUGGAGGAGCUGCAGACCGAGGGUCCAGAGCAGGAGCCAGACCAGGAGCUGCCAGAGGAGUCUGAGCAGACGCAGAAGGGGCCGCAGGAGGACCCCUCAACCCCCGACCCUGCGGCUGCGUCCGAGCAGGAGGAACUCGCCAAAGAGGAGGAUCACACUCCACUGGACCAGCUUCAGGGAAAGGGUGAAUCUGAGGAGGUGACAGAAGGAACUUCUGUUUGAGCCAGAAGAGACAUGACACAACUUGCCAAAAUGCCUUACAAUUACUAUAGUUAUGCAUUCCUCAAUAUAUAAAUACUUUAUUGUACUGUAGUAAAUUCCAAAACAUUGUUAAGGAAAACUAAUUUUAAGUAAUAUGAGCAUUUCAUUUUCAAAGAGGGUGGUGGGCUAAUCCGCACUGCUGAUGUUUUGUAUUGCAUUAAAAUGUACAUCACAGGGCUUCUGGCUGUGUCUCAAAAUGGCCGCCUGCCAACAGCAGUGAAUCAGUGUUCAGAAAAGGGAAAGAGUGUGUACGUUAAAAGUACAUCAACAAGUGCAAUUAUGGUUUUCCUUUAAUUAAUGUGUCUUUUGUCAGGUUGAAAAGGUAGAAACAUUUUAUGGUACACAUACGCAAAACGAAUACUGCUGGUUACUUUCUGUAGCUGGCUAUCAACACAAACCGUGUGAAUUUGAUAAAUAAACUACAAUGUAGCUA